GAGCUCGGUGGGGGAACUGGCGCACGAUUUCAUUCGAACAACGAGGAGGACGAGACGACGAACACGAAGACGACGACCGCGUCGCUCGCUCGGGGAUGAAAUAAGCGAGCGCGAGCAGCAAGAGGAGGAGCCGAGAGGAGCGAGGAGGGCGGAGGCAGUCAAGCAUUGAACGAGCCGCCGCUCGGGAUUUCUUGAAAACGAGGAGCGGGAGGAUCAGUUUCUCGAGGGCGUCCGGGAGGAUCGGUGCUCCAGGAGUAGGACGUAAAUAGUCGAAUGAAUGUCAGAUUAUCAGGCUGAGGCGAGCCGCUGGACGUCGUUAUUUUCACAGAAUCGAGGAACAACGUGAAUUUCUGCCGCGAGUAACAGGAAUUUGCAUAUAUAGUUGGGGGCGGAAUUUUCAGCUCUGUACUGGAUGCGCGGACACUUUCUGAGAAUUUGUACGAAGAAAAGCGGUCUCCAUGGUGGCCUCGACAAUUGAGGGAGUUAGGACCGUGCUCGUUGUUGUGACUGUGGUGCUGACUGCGUACUUGGGAGCAGGUUUCGCUGUGACAGUCCCGACUGAUGUCACUGCACUGAAAGCGCUUCAAGCGGCAUGGGGCUCCGGCGGGGCGAGUCUGAAUUGGGCUGGGGAUCCAUGUGACAAUGGGUGGACUGGAGUCCUCUGCGAUCCGACCAACACAAGAGUGAUAUCUUUGAGUCUGGACAGCAGUAAUCUCGUUGGAGUGAUCCCACCAGACAUAGGAGGUCUCGCUAAUCUCCAAACUCUGGAGCUGUCUGUUAACCCAGGACUGACGGGGAGCUUACCGACACAGAUAGGAGACCUCACAAAUCUGCAAACAUUGAGUAUGCAAUUUUGUGCGUUCACUGGAGAGCUUCCCUCAGAAAUUGGGAACCUCGCAAACCUCAACUUCAUAGGAGUCAACGGAAACAACUUGAACGGUAGUCUUCCCGAUACUCUUGGAAAAUUAGAUAAGCUGGUCUGGUUGGACAUAUCUCAGAAUCAAUUUACUGGGUCUCUGCCGGUUUCCUCAACCUCCGCGUCGUCAAUUGGCUUGGACAAUCUUACGUUGGUGCAGCAUUUCCACUUCAACAACAACACGCUCACGGGUACAAUACCGCCGGAAAUUUUCUCUUUGCCAAAACUUAUCCAUCUGAUUUUGGAUCAUAAUUUGUUCGAAGGACAGAUACCCACAGAGGUUGAAAACAGCCCAAACCUGACAAUCAUAAGACUCGACUCCAAUAAUCUGGAUGGUCCAGUACCUUCAGAAUUGAGCAAAGUGACCACUCUCACUGACAUCAACUUAGGAAGUAACAAGUUGUCAGGAGUCUUGCCAGACCUGAGUAACUUGACGAGUCUGCAGUCACUGGAUGUGGGUGAUAACCAAAUGGGUCCACAAUCUUUUCCAGAAUGGGUUCUUGGAUUUCCAAGCCUGACAACUUUAUACUUAUCUAACGGCGGUAUCACAGGAGAACUAAACGCAACGGUUCUCACCCUUCCAUCCCUAGAGACCCUGGACCUUCGGAAUAACCAAAUUAGCGGAUCUCUCACCUUCACUGGUGCAGUCUCGAACGCCCUAAGUGCACUUAUCCUGGACAACAACAAUAUCGAUGGAUUUGUUGGGCAACCUCUACAAAGCGGGGACAAAACCUUCGUGAUUUCGCUUUACAAUAAUCCCCUUUGUAGUAAUAAGUACAUCGAACCAAAGGGGCUCUUAUGUGAACCGUAUGACUCUUCAAAUGUGUAUUUACCACCCUCUCAAACCUGCUCUUCGAGUUGUGACAAGAAUAAGAAAUUUAAUCCCAGAAUGUGCAGUUGUGGCUACCCCCAGGAAGUCAUCCUUUUGUUGACAGCUAGUUUUAUAAGCUUCGAUAACACGACGAGGAUGACAGACUUGGAAACCGAAUUGGCAGCUGCGAUAACCAAUGUGACAAGGUACGAUGUGACGUUGACUCCGGGUCAGGUCUACAUAUAUAAUGCCUCCAACACUAUGGAUAAAAGAAUUAAACUCGAAAUCUGGUUCUUCGCGGCUGUUGGCGAUAAGUUGACCGCUGCUGAGCAAGAUGGCAUCACUUACUCGAUGAGGCAGCACUUGUUCACACUCAAAGAAGGACCCUACACUCUUCAAGUGGAAUCCUUUUCAGACAACCCAGGAAAGACCCACUUGGGACCGAUUGCUAUUGCUAUGAUUGCCCUCGGAGCGUUCGUAGCAGCGGUGAUCAUAAUUAUCCUGGCCGUUUACGCUCAGUGGCAGAAAAGAAACGCUGAGACAGCAGACAAUCCGUUCCGUGACUGGCCCGGUAGCGAUCCCGAAAAGAAGCAUGGUGCAGCCCCAAGAUUAAAGUCUGCUCGACGUUUCCCUCUAGUGGAACUCAAGGCCGCUACUAAAAACUGGAGUGAGGUGUUGGGAGAAGGUGGAUACGGGAAAGUGUAUAAGGGAACCUUGAAGGACGGCGAGGAAGUUGCGAUCAAGAGAGCCAACAAAGAUUCUAUGCAAGGGUUAUCUGAGUUCAAGAACGAACUUGAGCUACUGUCGAGAGUUCACCACCGAAAUCUCGUAGACCUUAUAGGCUUUUGUUAUGAAGGCGGAGAACAGGCACUUGUCUACGAGUUCAUGUCAAAUGGAACGUUUAGGGAGCUUCUCUACGAACGCCCAGGAGAACCCUUGUCAUGGCAGAUGAGAGUGGACAUUAUACUUAACUCCGCCAGAGGGUUAGCUUAUCUUCAUGACCAUGCAAGCCCGCCGAUCAUUCACGGUGAUAUUAAAACUGCCAACAUUCUCCUGAACCAAAAAUUUCUUGCCAAGGUUGCUGAUUUUGGACUAUCGAAGCCUACAGCGGAAGAGGAGAGAGCUCUGUACGCCAGCGAAGUCAGAGGGACCAGGGGUUACUUGGACCCGGAGUAUUAUCAAACGUACGUACACACAUUCAAGAGCGAUGUAUUCAGCUUCGGAGUUGUAAUGAUCGAAGCUUUAACUGCUCAGAGUCCCACUCACGGAGGCAAGGAUAAUACUCGUGAAUUUCGAAACGGUUUAGAGCAUGGCGGAUGGUCAGCGUUGCGCCCGCUCUUGGAUCCCAACUUGGACGCAAUCCCGAACAAAGAGCUGGAAGCAUAUAUAGGCAUAGCCCUUCGCUGUGUCGAGCAUCGUGGCGAGGGCCGACCAACAAUGACAGAGGUGGUCAAAGAACUGGAAGUAUUUGCUAGCGGCGGUAGCAAUCCUAACUCUGGAGUGCACAGAGUCGACAUCCCUGGGAGCAAAUCUCCUGAAAUAUACAGCGACACCGUUUCUCUCGUCAAGGACCCGAAGAAGUCGAACGAGAAGAGCGGGAAAGACGUGGAUUCAUCUUCGUUCCAAUACAGCGGAGCAUAUGGGGUCACUACCACAAUCACUCCAAAAUAGUAGCUGUUCUCCUUGCCAUGUAGCGGAAGGAAUUUACAUUUUCGUGAAAGUUGAUGCGUACCAGUGUCCAGUUCCAGAUUGGAAACCUAGUCUGCACCGUUGGUGAAUUUGUUUCUAUCCGAUGCACGGCUGCUGAGGGAUCAAGUUUAAGAAUACACUUAUCCCUCACUGCUCGAAGACAUGUGCUUCUGCUUCCAAAUAGUCCACUAAAAAGCGAAAUUUCCCCGACAAUACCUGCUUUGCACAGGUCAGAAGUAAAGCGUUGUAUCAAGAACACUUGGUUGACAAAUGUUUUUGAACAAUCGGUGCAGGUGUUAAGACGGAUCUCAUCAAGGAGCUGAUGUGAUCCCUGCUUGAUCUCACGAUGCGCGUCGGAUUCGCAUCCGCCCCCACGAGUAUACAACUUCCCCUCUGUACAUUAUGAAGCAGCUCUUACAUGUGAUCAAUUCACUCUUUUUGGCUAAUGUAAAUACAAUGUGACUAUGACUUCAUAUUUUUUUCUGCACUGUUUUCCCCGAGCAGCCAUAGAAAUCUAGCAGGCCUAGAAAGAUCUACAGGUCUCAUAUUCUUCAAGUAGUAACGUCGUCACCUUUCACGAGAUCAUCGAGUAGAGCAUGUUGUGUAGCAUAUCAGACUCCUCAUCUAAAGCUACAGGAUAUCUGUAGAGAUAUGACAGUUUGUUCCUACACAUACAGAUCCAUUCACAAAUUGAAGUUCUGGAAGACAAAAUGGAACAGCUGUUUUAGGAUACAUGGUAGCUCCUUUCUGAUAGACUCGGUCUUGAGUUCUGGAGAGGAGACUACGGAAUUCUGUAUUACGCCAGAGGAGUGAAAUUCUAUAUGGCCAUUGAUGUGGAAGGUACGGUCGGAGAGAGUUCGUGUUGUGCAUCAUUCAACUCCCAACGAGCAUUCUCUCCUUGUAAGUACCAUCUUAGUGUAGACCGAUGGCAAUGCGUGUGAUAGUAGGUAAUAUACACACAAAUUUUUUUGUCAGGAAGAUGAUGGAUUACGAGAGUGGUCGGAUGUUUAAGGUAUUAAAAUUUUGAUCGUCCUCAUUUGGCCGUAAAUGGCUGUUUUGCCGAUGAAGUGUAAGUCUG